AGCCCAGCCAGAGGCUUAAAAGACUAAAUAGGACAGCUAGAUUACAACUGAAGCAUCAUUUGAUAGGUAAUACGCCUAAUAUACAAGUGUAUAAUGACUCUAUGCUAGCACAGAACUUCUGAGCUUAGCUCAACAGAGGAGAAAGAAUAAUACAAUCAGAACUCUAGUCCCAAGGACAAAGAAACCUGCUUAUACGCCUAAAAUCAGCUUUGAUAGAACUUAUAACCAUCAAUCUUUUCGUUCUAAUUCAAUAAAAAGAAGAAAGAGGAGAACCCCUUUUAGUGCUUGCGAAAAGUCACGAAACUAUCAUGAGAUUCACAAGCCGGAUGAUGUCCAGAUAUUGAUGCAUAAUCUUGAAUAUGAACUUAGAGAAUCCAAAUUUCGUCUCAGAAGUACUUUUAAUCAAGACAAAGAUCACUGGAUAAUUCAUAACAACGAGCCAGAGAAAGUGGAUAUCCUCGAAGAUAUAAAUAGUGUAUAUAAAAUUGAAGCAAAGGACCAAAUUGCUCCACUUAAGGUCAGCAUUGUUUAUAAUAAGGACGACACUUUGUGCUUCACAAGAGAGAAGACACCUAAAUAAGAGGUACAUAAAAGUUCAGGUUCACCUCACUGAUGAGCUUAAGCCAUCUCGAAGGCCCAAUAUGAUAUUCAAGAAUAAAAUGAAUUUUACAAUAGUUCCUCUUUUAGAGAGAGCAUAUAAAUUUGAGACAGACAUUUUCUUGAUAUUUUCUUCAGUCUUUGGUUGUUCGGUGACUGUUAAAGCAAAGUUUCCAGAUCAAAAUAAUCAACUAUCUACUCGUUUCAAGUUCCAAUCAGCAUUUGAUAGAAAGAUGAACAAAGAGGAGUUCACCCAGCUUCUCUAUAGCAAUCAUUCAAACAAAUAUGAACGUCUACUAAAAGAAAUAGACACUGGGGCUGAGGUGGCACAAAUAUUUAAAUAAAAUAAAGUACAAGCAAAUGCUAAAAAGUGGAAUUAUCCAAAAAGAUGGUCUUUCAUUUCUAGAAAAGAACAAAAGAGCUUGCAUAAUAACUCCAGAGGAAAGAAGAGCACGCUUGAAAAUACACAAAAGAGCUCACUCUUGAGUGCAAAAAUAAGAACGAAAUUGAGAACCAAAAUCAUCAGCAGAAACUGUUCUUAGUAAAUAAAUGGAAAUUUAUUCGAAUAAAGCGGAAACAGCUUAUGAAGAUAAAGCUAGAGUUGAAUGUCAAGAAAAGAGUUGCUUCUCAUUUUCUGAAAAUAUAUUUAAUGAGAACAUUUGUGAAUCAUAUUUAUCAAGAGUAUGAUAGCACCAGAUUCAAAAUACACUACAAAGGGCUUAUCAUGAAAUCAGCGGUCAAAAUUUACAUGGUCUGUAUGAGGAGGUUGAGGAGAAUCAAGCCGAAGCUUGGAGAAAGGACAACCCUUCAGAUCCAGGAUUGCAUUAGAUUUGCUAAUAACAUAUCUAAAGAUUCUAUCUAUGAGCGAGCUCAAAAGAUAAUACAAUCUCAUCUCACUAUGACAAGUUUAUCUUACAAUUUUACUAAGAAAUCUAUAAAAUUUGUAAGGUCAGCCAAAAUUAUUCAGCGAGCAUACAUAUCAAGGUAUAAGAUUUAUGUAGAAAGGAUCCAAGAAAUCACUAAUGAUUGGGAAGAUCUAAUCGGGAAUUUAAUUGAAGCCAAGACAAAACAGCUUUCUAAUGCAGAGACUUCUUUUCUUGUCAAGCAACGAAAAAAUGCUAAAAAGAUAAAGAGGAAUAAAGAAAUGCUUGAAUCAAUAUCGACAGAGUUUAGAGAUUUAGUUAUUAAGAAGUAUUAUGAGCUGACUCUACUCAGUCACAAGCUCAAAUGAAGAGAGAUAGAAAAUAACCUCUCUCAAAAUUACGAGGAAUGUAUCUUAAAAUAAUGACAACGAGAGUCUGAUAAAAGAAAUCAUGGAGAGAAAAAGAAAGUUAUUUGGCAAACCUGAAAUGACUUCUCUUGAAAUAGAUUUUAGAGAGGACUCUUCUCCCAAUAAACUAAGAAUCAAGCCAACAGCAUCUUUUGGAGCUAUAACUGAGAGAUUCUCGACUUAUGGGAGUAUAAUAACAAAGUCUGGAGGAGCAACAAAGCUGUUACCCAAAAAUAUAGAAGAGAUUGAUAAAUUCUCAGAAGAUAAAUCAGCAAACAUCUGAUAUCCUGAUUUUGACUUCAUUCCUUCAGAAAGGGAACUGAUGUUUUUGAUUGAGAAAGCUAAAGAUAUGAAAGAGAUUGGAGAUAUUGACAAAUACAAGGCAGAAAAUAGAAGACACAACUUUGGAGCAAGAAACAUGAUGAGAGUUGAGCAUCGAUCCACAAGUUCAAUAAGCCAUUACUCAUAAAUUUCAGUAGAA